CAGAAACGGGAAGAAAAUUACUUGGUUAAAUCAUCAUCCGAAACAUCAUUCAUUGCACCUGUACAACAAAAAGAACAGAUUACCGUUUAUGAAUAUGAUUCGCAAAAAAUCAGUCGUCGAGCAGGUGACAAACCAAUUACGCCUUCAUUAUAUGAACAGAAAAUUGAAAAG